GCUCUAGGCCAGCUUGACCACUACGUAAUUCUACCGGAAACAGAGUAAAUAUAUUCAGAAAAGUCAGAGAAUUUACAAUUGGCGUUGUAUGCUGCUGCUGAAUUGAGAGCGCGCGGUUUUUUCGGCUCCACUGUCCAGAGCACGGUAGUUAAGCCAAUUUUCACCGCUUGACAUGUCGAUGGCGUGAGAAGAUUUUUCUCUUUCAUAUUCAUUUCUCUGUCUUUUAAUGCUGACUUGAUUCGGACAUCACGGUUAUAUUUCGUCUUUCUGUGGGCGCUGCUGCUGUGUUCAUAUUGGACAGUGUUGAUUGAUGGCUUAUAGAGGGCUUAUUACGCCCGGGUAAAAAGCGCUCAACAUACCGUUUUCGGCCACAAAUUACAGAGGACACUGCUGUAUACACCGACGCCCGAAUUUACUGAUUCUCCUUGUGACUAAUGGUCAUUUUCAAUUGCUGCUGCUAUUCUAGGGAAAUUUUUUGCUAACAACCGGCAUUUUGUACCAUCACUGAAUUUUCUUCAUGUGGAAAGUGUGCCGUUGACAUUAUAUUGUCAUGGAUGAUGCUCGCUGAACAUAUCGCGAGUCCAGCACCGAAGUUGACCACGUCAAACAAAACGGCAUCAUUUAACCAUCUUUAAGAGAUCACGUUUCCCAUAUGGACAUUGCAGAUCAGGCGGGAAAUUUAUUAGGAUCUAUUUGGCCCUUAUCCCUCAUCUGCCCAGUACUGCCAACUGCACAUACAUUUAUAUAUACACCGAAAUAAUAAUAAUAAUCGGGAAGCGGCAACGCACUGUACUCUUGCUUCCCGGUCAUCCGCUGUGCCUGCGCGGCUGCACCUGACGAUGACGCCCUGGGCUGUUGUCCUGCUUGUUACGCUUCUCCCGGCAUGUGGUCUGAUAUCCGGUGCGACCGGCCAAUCAUCUGAUUAUGAACCAUUAGGAUGCCGCGACAGACAAAUGUGCUGCAGCGGACGUGAUUCUUCCUGUGUUGUAUCCGAAUUCCACCCCAAUUCCAUCAUCGAAGACUUGGAUACGAAUCGGACCAUCCGGUGUUAUUGCGACGAGUCAUGUUUAACAUUAGGCGACUGCUGUCAUGAUUUGCGUUCUUAUUGCGGAGUUCAAGACUGCAUAGUCUCAGCGUGGGGAAAUUGGAGUACGUGUUCGUCUGCUUGUGGAGUGGGAAAAAUGAGCCGGCGCAGACAGGUUCUGCAGGAAGCAUCGAACGGCGGACGCCUGUGCCCGGCGUUGCUGCAGUCGCGUGCGUGCUUCAAUACAGAAUGCACCAAACGGCACGAAUACAGAGAGGUUGCAGCGCUGCUCCCGGCCGUCUUUGGUACCGCUCGACAUAACAAUGAUUCAAAGGAUAUUCGACACAACUUACUGUUGAGAUAUCCGAAGGAUCCCGCGGAAGAAUCCAGCCGAGAGUAUUGUUCGUUUUUCCAAAUAACGAAAGCCGCUAAACGCUGCCAGCUGGAAACGUGGUCAUCAAUCUUCAAGGAUAGUGUACGCGUUUGUGUGGAAUGCCAGAAAGGCGCAAUGAAGAAUAACCUUGGCUUCAGAUGUAAAGGUCAAGGGCUAUUAAAUACGGAAACACGAUGGAGCGCCAUGUUAGCCAAUGGAUGUCACGGGAAAUGGAUAUUAACAUCACGCGAACUGGACUGCCGCUGCCCACAGAGCGAUUCUCAGUCCUUCAUAUUCGUCUGACAGAGGCGGAGCAGUAUGGGUUUAGGGCCUUAGGCCUAUGACGAAGCCCAAACCGAAAAACGAGCAAAGCCCAUGCAAGUGUCUCAGCAAAACCUUCUUUUAUCCGGUUCGUUAAACAAAAUUGUGGCAUUGCUAAAGUUGUGGUCUUAAUUUAGAUGGUUUCUAUGGGACAGUGUUUGUUAGAUGUUUGUUUGUUAUUUUCCUGCAUUUUUCUAAACCUUGGAAUUUGGGACCAAAUACGAAGAUAGCUGCCUGUUUUGAAAUGCUGUCUCAAAUUGUUUGUUAUAAUUGUUCUUUAAGUAAGUACGUGCAGUAUUUGUGGAUAUCACUUUGCUAAGCAGAUUUUUCAUUUUAGUAAACAUGUUAAGUUGUUAACAGUCAAAAUUCGAACCGUAUUUUAAAACAUCAGAAAAAAAA